AUGAAUUUCUUCGAGCCGCCGAUAUUAUACUACAGACGCGCCACGGGCGAUAACCAUCAUCUCAUCUACUUGCGCCCUUUGCGCAGAAGGCCCGAGCGCUGCAAAAGCCAGCUAGGAGCCGAGCUGCCCAAGCCAGACUGGGACCAAAUUCAGCCGCGGCCCUUCGAGAAGAACAUCUACCGCGAGCACCCAACCACGGCGAGUCGGUCUGCCGCGGCAGUGGACGACUAUCGACGCGCCAACGGCGUCGUGAUCGUCAAAGGACGCGGGCCGGUCGCCAAUCCGAUCCUGGACUUCGAAGAGGCCCGCUCGUUUCCCGACGAUCUCGUCGACGCCGUCCGGAAAGAGCGCAACGGCGGUACGCCCACCUGCAUCGAGGCCCAGUGUUGGCCCAUCGUUUUAAGCGGUCGCGACUUCCUUGGGGUCGUCCAGGCGGGGUCGUCCAAGACGCACGCCUACGUCGUCCCAGCCAUCGCGCAUUCUCUAAGCUUCCAGAGACCCCCGAAUACCGGCGACGGCCCUCUAGUCGUCGUCCUCGCUCCGUCGCGGGAGCUUGUGCAGCAGAUCCAUCACCUGUUCCGCGACCUCGGGCAGUCCUUGGGGCUGCGCAGCGUCUGCGUUCACUCCGGCGUGGCCAAGGGCACCCAGUACGCCGAGCUCGCUCUAGGCUGUGACGUCUGCAUCGGGACGCCGGGUCGCCUCCUGGAGUUCGUGACAGAACAGCGGUUGAAACUUUUUUCAUGCACGUUCCUUGUCGUCGACGGGGCGGACCGCAUGCUGGCUAUGGGCCUGGAGCGCGAGGUGGCGAAGAUCGCCCAGCAGAUCAGGCCGGACCGCCAGACGGUGAUGUGGGUCGGCUCCUGGCCCAAGGGCACGCGGCGCCUCAUCGAGUCCCUGCUCGACGAUUACGUCCAGGUGAACUUCGGCUCCGCGCAGCCUCGCGCGAUGGGCGUCAAGCAGAGCGUGUGCGUCGUCAAGAAGGCCGAGAAAGAGCACGCGCUCGCGGAGCUCCUCGAGGACCUGCUCAGGGACGAGGUCGAGAGGGUUGUAGUGUUCACGAAGACGCAGGAAGCGGUGCGCAAGGUCGCCUCGAGGCUGCGCGAGAGGAACUGGCGUACCGUCGUCGUCCACCGCGGCAUGGCGUUGGAGCAGCGUCGAUGGACGCUGAGCACCUUUCGCGCCGGAGGCUUUUGCGUACUGCUCUCCACCCACGGGUGCGGACGGGACCUGGCCCUGGAUGGCGUGCGUUUCCUGAUCAACUUGGACUUUCCCGUUAAGCCGUACGGCUAUGCAAUGUUCGUCAACCAGCUGGCCAGCGUCGCCGACGAAGGUGGCCAACUGUACACAUUCUUCACGCCUGACGACUGCCGACACGCUGAGGAGCUGGUCGCAACGCUACGACAGGCCGGGCAGGUGGUGCCACGCGAGCUCUGUAAACUCGCAAAGGAGACCUGUGCCAGCGUGAGGCCCGGUCGCAGGGCCAAGUAG